AGCAUAACCCCAAAGAGAACGUCGUCUUGGCCGACUGCGGCAUCGGUGAUGUCCCAGGACACCCAGACUGGGCAUCGUCGCAACAUGUCCUCUACUACGACGGAGCAGUAUGUACGUAUCCCACGGCGCCCUCCCACGAGAGCAACAAGACACUGACUUGGCAUGAUAGGGACCGACGCCGCGGGAUCCGCAACGAACCAGCCCAGCAUGGUCCAGGUAGUGCCGUGGGACGGCUCCUACCCCUGGCGUUUCUCCGCGGUCACUGUCAUCAUGCCCAACAACGACAAUUUCUACAUUCAGAUAUCGAGUCCAGAGGCUGGUGACGGGAACACGCUGGUGGGCGUCAUCGUUCACUCGUACGACGCCACGUGGCUUCGAUGCUACUCAUGGCACAAGAAGAAUGUGUACCGGCUCCCUAACGGCCAGUCGUGCGCCUCGGCGUUUGUGUGCAACCACGCGGACGGCCCCGUCUCGCAGUCCAAGGUGACCGUCAAGGUCUCGACCAACACGGAUAGCGCCACGCUCGACACGGUCGUCUCGGUCGACGACGUCUUUGGCAAGAUCGACUACGGCAACGACAAGCAGGUCUGCGAUGAGUCCUGGAAGGAUAUGCCAGGGACGGGCUGCAAGAUCCGGGCCAGGUGCCACGGUAACGUCCCAGGCCUCGUGGAGAAGAUGGUGAGCGGCCUCAAGGACCUGGCACGGUCCAAGGACGCCGGUAUGUUCUCCGAGUCGACCGUCCGGGACAAGAAGUGGGACCCGUGUAAGACAGGCCGCGACACGUGUAUCGGUGGUUGGGACUGGUACGACCGCCCCGUCACUAAAGUGGCGCAACAGCUGUCCGUCUAUGUCAGCGAUGAGAAUGGCAACGACAAGGGUGAGUUGUCGUACGAGCUUGACUGUAGCAUGGCCAAGUCAUGUGCCGGCUGCGAUGCCGCCAAGUUCGGGAUGGCAGUGGGCAGUGUAUUCGGCGGACCGUUCGCAAUCCUCUUUGGCGCGGGCGGUCUCGUGACGGAGGCGGCUUGUGCUUCGUCGGGGUGUUGAUGCUGCUGGUCUCAAAGAUCCAAGGCCAACGACUGGAGGAGACGCCGAAGCAAGGAGACGCCGAAGCAAUGGGGAUCGUUUUGCUCAAAUUAAUAGAGUACUUAACACAACAACAUG